AUUCAACAAGUUUCAUAAAGAGUAUCAGUAUGGGUUCCAUAAAUUGAACAGGUUGGACUGGACAGGAAGGGAUAGGACAAAAUGAUUCACAAUCCUCCAGGAACAUAAUGAUCAAACCAUGACUGUUCCUUGGGUGACUAAUCAAGUUCAUUUGUAUAAAACAAGGAAAUAAAAUUAUAAAAUAAAUUUUAUCUAUAACAUAGACAUGGAUUUACACAUUUUGAUACAUGUGACACUUUAAUAACAAUACUGUAUGGAGUAAGAUAACUCACUUUCAAUAAAUUUACCCGAUGUCUCUACAGUAAACUCUUGUUAAAGCAAUCUCCUCAAAACCAGCAGAAUAUGUUAGUUAAUACAUCAGGAGCUUGUUAUAAACAUAUAGCAAACAACAGGUUUUGAAUAGGGGACUGCUUUAUUAGGCUUCACAUAAGAGUUCUACAAAGAUGCACAAAAUAAAAUCAUCACUGGUCUCCUAUCAGAAGCACAAAAUGCCAACUGAGACUGACCCCCUAAUCCAGACAGAAGAGGGCACAGAUGAAAAGAGAAGAUCAAUAAAAUGGAAACAUAUUACUAUUCUACCUGCAAUGUUUUUCACCUUUGUUGGAGGUGGAAUUUUCGGUUUUAUCAUUAAUGAGUGGACUCAGAACAAAAUUCAAAAUGAAAGAUUCCCAAAUAUGACAACAAAGAAUAAUUUUGAAGCUUGCAAUAAUACCAACCAUUCUGAUCCAGUGUACAUUAAUUAUAAAGCUGUACAGCAAGAUAGCUCUAUAUGGCUGCUGUAUUAUUCAAUUGCACAACAUAUUCCUAUGUUCUUAGUUAAUAUAGUACUGACAGGAUAUACGGACACAUAUGGGCGCAAGUUUUUAUUUGUGCUUGCUACAUUUGGAGCAUGCGCUAAAUACUGUGUAAUAACUGUGGUCAUACAUUUCAAUGCAUCUUUAUGGUAUGCAACGGCUAUGCAAGCGUUUGAUGGUUUUCUGGGGAGUUCUUUCGCACUAUUUGCUGUUUCUUUCUCAUUUGUAGCUGACAUUACCCACAAAGACAAUCAUCGUGUGCUUGGUGUUGUUAUUAUUGAUGCAUUACUAAUAUCAACAGGAAUAUUUUCAAGUCUACUGUCAGGAUAUUUCAUUGAAACUUUAAAAUAUGGCUUUUUUAACACAGCUGUCAUAAGUUCCUCAAUAUGCUUAUUAGGAUUUUUCCUUAUAAUCCUAUUUUUACCAGAAACUUUAGACAAGAGUAAACGGCAGCCACCAAAAAGUUUAUUUGGUACAAUGAAGAACAUGAUUCAGUUUUAUGUUAGUGAAGAUUUUAAAGGUAAACGACUAAUCUAUCUGCUGCUCCUUGCCUCUUUAUUUUUCGCAGUAAGCAGAACUCACAUUGAGAUAUUGUACUUCCUUGGUCAGCCAUUCUGUUGGGGACCAUCCAAGAUCGGAGUUUUUACGAUGACCAGGUUAGCUCUACUUGGAGUAAUUGGACUUGGAUCAUUAAGGCUGCUUCAAAUAUUUCUGUCAAAUGAAGCUAUAGCAGUGUUGAGCACAGUAUCAUUAGCUGCUUCAUUUAUGAUCGAAGCGUUUGCAAAAACAAAUCUGCUGAUCUAUAUGGUUCCUGUAGCAGGGAUUUUUUCCUUUCUUAUGACACCUAUGAUAAGGGGCAUGAUGUCAACAAUGACUGAACCAGACAAACAAGGGGCAAUGUUUUCAGGCAUCGCAACCAUUGAAGUUCUCAGUAGCAUAUCUGCUUCACUCUCAUUUAACAAAAUUUAUGCAGAUACUUAUUCAUUCAUGAAUGGAUUUGUAUUUCUUGUAAUGGCUGGAUUUUAUGUGAUAGAUUUUGCUCUUUUAAUGGCUGUAUAUCUCUUGAAAAAGUGCAAGAAAAAUAACUACACAAAAUCAGAACUACAAAACUGUGAAAACUGUACAAUGAAUAAUUGCCAAUGUAGAGCUAAUCUACAUAGAGAAUCUAUAAAACUUUCUGUACUGUAGUAAUAACAGGUAUUCAUCAGAAUUAUACAGGUAUUCACCACAAUUAUACAGAUAUUCACCAGAAUUAUACAGAUACUCACCAGAAUUAUACAGGUAUUCACCAGAAUUAUACAGAUAUUAUAUUCAUUAGAAAUAUACCGAUAUUAACCAGAAUUAUACAGAUAUUUAUACAAAUAUUCAGCAGAAUUAUACAGAUAUUAUAAUCACCAAAAUUAUACAGAUAUUCACCAGCAUUAUACAGGUAUUCACCAACAUUAUACAGAUAUUCACCAGAAUUAUACAGGUAUUCACCAAAAUUUUACAGAUAUUCACCAGAAUUAUACAGAUAAUCAACAGAAUUAUACAAGUAUUCACCAGAAUUAUACAGAUAUUGUAUUCAUUAGAAAUAUACCGAUAUUAACCAGAAUUAUACAGAUAUUUAUACAAAUAUUCAGCAGAUUUAUACAGAUAUUUAUACAAAUAUUCAGCAGAAUUAUACAGAUAUUAUAAUCACUAAAAUUAUACAUAUAUUCACCAGAAUUAUACAGGUAUUCACCAGAAUUAUACAGAUAAUCACCAGAAUUAUACAGAUAUUCACCAGAAUUAUACAGAUAUUAUAUCAGUGUUCGAAAUUCACGGUAGUCCGACAGCCCGUGGCUACCGAAUUUCAGCUCAGGCUACUGAUUUUCCACAGAUACAAGCCCAACCGGGCUACCGCUUUUUUCCUAAUGUGUUAAAAAGAAAAUGUUAAAUAAACGCGUAUGGCAUCGUUAUUUCAUAACUCUUCAUUAAUAAACACUUACUCAUCACGCAUCGUCCAGGCUGAUGAACGCUUAUUGAAUUAAUGACGCAUCAUCGAGAUUGAGGAACGCUUAUUUAAUAAUUGAAACUGUAUGAGCGUACUCGAUUGGGUGGUCAGAAUCGUGAGGGUACCGAAUUCAAACUAUUCCUUAAGUUCUUCCAAACAGGUGAUUUAGAUUAGUUAGAACAAAAUCAUGCAUAAAAAACUUUCACAAAUGCAAACCAAUGCCGCUCACAUUACCUGUUGGAAUUAAGACAGUCGGAAGACUGUUCCAAUUCAUUUGAUUCCUGUUUUUAUUCUAGGAAUCCCCAAUCGAGCAUGCCCUAAGAAACAAUGAACAAUAUGGCAAACUUCUUUCAACUUAAAGUAUUUUGACGGUGCAAAACUGGGUAUAAAACGGAAGUCAGUCAAAGACAUAGAUUUGUGGAGUGACAAUUGUCCGAUGAUGGGGACUCCCAUGAUGAUGACAUAGAGUAUUCUGAGUCUGCCAUUGACAGACUUCUUUCUUUGUAUAGCCGUCAAUAAAUUGUUUGAAAACAUGGCAAACAUGUCUUUUUUAUUCCUUCAAGCAUACACAGAUGUUGGUAAAACAAAAUAUUUUAUGGUGUUAAAGUCUGGGCUAGUGAAAUUGGUUUCGGGCCAGUAAAAGUUCCUAUCUAGUAGCCCGAAUGGGCUAGUGUAUUCAAAUCCGAAUUUCGUACACUGUUAUAUUCAUUAGAAAUAUACCGAUAUUAACCAGAAUUAUACAGAUAUUUAUACAAUUAUUCAGCAGAAUUAUACAGAUAUUAUAAUCACCAGAAAUAUACAGAUAUUCACCAGAAUUAUACAGGUAUUCAACAGAAUUAUACAGAUAUUCACCAGAAUUAUACAGAUAUUCACUAGUCGAAAAUUAUACAGGUAUUCACCAGAAUUAUACAGGUAUUCAACAGAACUAUACAGAUAUUCACCAGAACUAUACAGAUAUCAUAUACACCAGAUAUAAAGAUGUUCACCAGAAAUAUACAGAUAUUCACCAGAAUAUACAGAUAUUAUGUUCACCAGAUAUACAGAUAUUCACCAGAAAUAUACAGAUAUUCACCAGAAUUAUACAGAUAUUAUAUUCACCAGAUAUAUAGAUAUUCACCAGAACUAUACAGAUAUUCACCAGAACUAUACAGAUAUUAUAUUCGCAUAUAUAUACAUAUAUUCACCAGAAAUAUACAGAUAUUCACCAGAAUUAUACAGAUACUCACCAGAAUUAUACAGGUAUUCACCAGAAUUAUACAGAUAUUAUAUUCAUUAGAAAUAUACCGAUAUUAACCAGAAUUAUACAUAUAUUUAUACAAAUAUUAACCAGAAUUACACAGAUAUUUAUACAAAUAUUCAGCAGAAUUAUACAGUUAUUAUAAUCACCAAAAUUAUACAGAUAUUCACCAGAAUUAUACAGGUAUUCACCAGAAUUAAACAGAUAAUCACCAGAAUUAUACAGGUAUUCACCAGAAUUAUACAGAUAUUGUAUUCAUUAGAAAUAUACCGAUAUUAACCAGAAUUUAGGGGUGUAACGAUACAUCGAACUAUCGAUGCAUUGCGAUACUAAGUGUCACCAUUGCAUGCAUCGAUAGAAAAGUCACGAUCCAAUAACAAUCGCCGAUAGUUCCUUCAACAAUCGAUAGUUUCGAUAGUUUUGAAAUUUUAGUAAAUACAGAAGUAAUUUAUAAUUUAUAAACCAAGAAACAGAGCCAGCUUUCAUUUGCGCCUCGGAAAAUGUUUACGUCUCCAUUACAAUAAUUACCCUCACGGAAUUUAACUACCAUAAAGGACUGAGAAGUCUGGGAGAUAAUUAAUAAAUUUAGUUUCUUAGAAACUUUGAUUAAAUAUAUUUAAAUAACCUGUUAAUCUUAGAUGAGAAAAUGUACUAUGGACAUGGAGAAAGAAGGAUACUUUUAUUAUACAGCAAACUGUUCGGCAGGGCCCUUCAUUUAGUGCUGGUACACCUUAAACCGAUCCGUUAAUUUUCGUCUUUUUCAAUGCUUUGGGUUAUUAAACAUGUUGACACUCGCAACAAAAUGGCCGAUUCGUUUGAGUAUACCUUGCAUAGGUUUAUUGUUUUACUUAUUGUUCAAAAGCCAAGGAAGGCAAGAAAUAUUUAAUGUUAGAAUUAUUUCUGUCCAUUUCAUUUAUACAAACAUCUCAAUGUGUGUUAACAGCAAUUAUAAACAGUGCCGUCUCUUACACUGUGUAACAAUGCCAGUUGGUAGCUUUACUGUAUAAAAUAUGAUGGCCGAUAACUAUUGCAAUAGUAUCGCAAUAGUAACCUGCAAUAGAAUAGUAUCACAAUAGUUUUUAAGCAAUAUCAAUAGUAUUGCAAUAGUCAAAAUUGGCCUCAAUAGUCAUCCCUACCAGAAUUAUACAGAUAUUUAUACAAAUAUUCAGCAGAAUUAUACAGAUAUUAUAAUCACCAGAAAUAAACAGAUAUUCACCAGAAUUAUACAGGUAUUCAACAGAAUUAUACAGAUAUUCACCAGAACUAUACAGAUAUUAUAUUCAUCAGAAAUAUACAGAUAUUCACCAGAAUUAUACAGAUAUUCACUAGUCGAGAAUUAUACAGAUAUUAUAUUCACCAGAACUAUACAGAUAUUAUAUUCACCAGAAAUAUACAGAUAUUCACCAGAAUUAUACAGAUAUUAUAUUCAUUAGAAAUAUACCGAUAUUAACCAGAAUUAUACAGAUAUUUAUACAAUUAUUUAGCAGAAUUAUACAGAUAUUUAAAUCACCAGAAAUAUACAGAUAUUCACCAGAAUUAUACAGGUAUUCAACAGAAUUAUACAGAUAUUCACCAGAACUAUACAGAUAUUAUAUUCACCAGAAAUAUCCAGAUAUUCACCAGUCGAGAAUUAUACAGAUAUUCACUAGUCGAGAAUUAUACAGGUAUUCAACAGAAUUAUACAGAUAUUCACCAGAACUAUACAGAUAUUCACCAGAAUUAUACAGAUAUUCACAAGUCGAGAAUUAUACAGGUAUAUACCAGAAUUAUACAGGUAUUCAACAGAACUAUACAGAUAUUCACCAGAACUAUACAGAUAUCAUAUUCACCAGAUAUACAGAUAUUCAACAAAAAUAUACAGAUAUUCACCAGAAUAUACAGAUAUUAUGUUCUUCAGAUAUACAGAUAUUCACCAGAAUUAUGCAGAUAUUAUAUUCACCAGAUAUAUAGAUAUUCACCAGAACUAUACAGAUAUUCACCAGAACUAUACAGAUAUUAUAUUCACAGAUAUAUACAGAUAUUCACCAGAAAUAUACAGGUAUUCACCAGAACUAUACAGAUAUUAUAUUCACCAGAAUUAUACAGAUAUUCAACAAAACUAUACAGAUAUUCACUAGUCGAGAAUUAUACAGGUAUUCACCAGAAUUAUACAGCUAUUCAACAGAAUUAUAUAGAUAUUCACCAGAACUAUACAGAUAUUAUAUUCACCAGAAUUAUACAGGUAUUCACCAGAAAUAUGGGUAUUCACCAGAAUUAUAGGGAAUCUAUAAGAAAUUAUUCUACAAUAUGCAUUCAGUAAAGUUCAAUAAUAUUAACUGAUAAUUUUAACAGAAAGACUAUCACUGUUUUAAUUAACAAAUGUCACAUAUUGUUUUACUAAAGGCUUACUGGUGGGCCAUUGCAAAAUAGGGCAGUGUCAGGUAGUUUCUGAGACACAUUAUUAAAACUUUUUUAAUUUGAUAUUAAAGAUAUUUAGACACAAUUUUGUAUUCAAAUUAAAAAAUGUUAACAAUAUCAUUGUUAUGCUUUCAACAGUUACUGUAAAAAUAACGAUAAUUAAAUGUUUCAGAUGUUAAAAUUCCUUUCUGUGUUUUUGGAACUGCAUUUAUUAAUGUACCAAAUUCUGCAAUCCAAUGACUUUUAAAAAGUUUUAUGUAAUAAUUUCUCUCAGUUUCUUUAACUUCUUCUUUAACAUUAAUAACAUGAUUCUGAUCUAAUCUGGAAAUAUUAAGCAUCCUUUUUAUCAUGUUUAAUAAAUCUAUUACCUAUAGUAUUUCUUUUCUUAUUUCUAAAAAUGAGUUACAUCGAUACUGCACUUCGUUUUUCAAAUUUAUCCGCAAUUUAUAGUAUCAGUUAUGUUUACAACACUAUAACAUUGAUGAUAAAACUCCUAACCUUUGUGUAUCUAUGAAAGUUCUAUUUUUGUAAAACCGUUUUUUAAAUAAAGUAGACAUAUGUACUUUACAGGCAUAUAUAUUCAACUGGCUAUUUAUGAUGUUUAUAGAACUAACGAUUCCUGCGUACAAGUGAUUAUUGUGUAAAAUAAAUGUGUGCAAGAAUCGAUUUUCCUAGCUCCAUGUAGACAGCCGGGUCUAAAACUUUACCUGAGGUAACGGAAGUCAGACGAAUUGGAAACCGUCACCUAUCCAUCCAGCUUCAGGUCAAAUUUGUGGAAAAAGUAAACGGUUGAGACACUUUUCUUCCCACCAUUAUUUUCGUCUGGCCACAUGCUUUAAAAAUAUGCAUGUGUUUUAGCUCAGUCAUGAAAAAAAAAAAAAAAUUGCAGAUAAUACGGUACAGGUCGCGCAAGGUGUGCAUUUUGUCUAAAAAUUUAGUGUCCUGAAACCUGCGUUAUACUCGUUUUUAUCACAGAAGCAACAGAAUCGGCAGACUGAAAAUGUCACAUAAUGAAGUGCUAUGUCUAUGCAAGACAUUCGCUCAACAAUUGCCUUGAAUUUGUCGAAAUUGGAUUUUUUAUGAUUUUUUUCGCACUGGUAUCAGCGCAGAGUUGUGGAGUUUUCAAAUUUACUGUCCCUUGCCCCCUUAGUGACAUUAAACUGUUUAUAAAUUUUACAAGCAAGGAUAUUGAAACUAUGGCUUUUAUUUACUUUCAUAUCUUUCACUGUUUGUCUGCAUUAAAUUCUUUGCAAGUCAUAAGAUCUUCACACAAAUUAGCAUCAAAUUCAUCUAAUUUAUAUUCUAAAAAUUCUAUCAGCAAAUAAUAUAUAUACAUGUAAUUCAAAAUACUUGCUAUAUUUGUUCCUUCAGAUUUAUAAAGCAUUUUAUAAAGUCUCUUUCAGUAAUUGUUUGACAUACCUAACUUAAUACUGUUUAAAAGUUUUCAUGUUUGUUUAGAAUUUUAAAGAUUCAGAAUAUGUUUUGUAUAAUAUGUAUUCUACUCUUCGACCUAAUUUGUGCUCCUUUGCUGUAAUUUCAUGUAGUUUUUGGAUCUCUUUUUCUGGACUAGCAAUUUCACAUUCUGGCAUUGAUUUUUUUUUUCAUCUACUCUUUACAAUAUCUAUUUUCACAGUUCUUUGUUGCAUGAAUUAUGAUUUUAUCUUAUUUUCAAAUUUACAAAGUCCCUAUGAUAUUUGUCAGGCACGUUACUGACAUCUAUUUAUAUUUUGUCUAUAUAUAUAGUUUCAUACAUUCUUCAUCACUUAAAUUUGUGUUUUUAAAUUUCUAUCUAUUGCCUUUUUUCAGGUUGUAUAAUCAUUAUCUAUAUUGCUAAGGUGUCUGUAAAUUUUUAUGUACCUGGUGCAAUAUAUUUAUCUUACAAUAGCAUGGAGUUAAUUUUUUUACAACUUACCAAAAAUCUAUUGCAAAUUUUUCAUCUACCAUAUUGACAUUGUAUAUUAGCAUUUUUCUAUCUAAUUUACGCCAUUCUCCACUCAACUUACUUGUUUUUAUAUGUGAUAAAAGACUUUAAAACUGCUGUUUUAUUUGAUAAAUUACUUAUACAUUAAAGAAAAUCAAAAAUAACGUUUUUCAAGGCAAAUACUUCCGUUUUGUAACUUGUAUGCAGAUUUCUUGAUAUACUUUGAUCAUUAAUAAUUAAAUAUGAUCUAAAAUAGCGGAUUCAUUUGUGAUAUUGGAAGUAUAACCAUUGUCACAUGAGCAAGAGCAGAUUGUGCCGCAAUUCAUGUUGUUCAAUAUCAAUCAAAUGUUAAUAAAUUUUAAAGACUUGACCCAUAAUUUUUGAAAGUCCCGUAAUAAUAUGUGAGACCACAUACAAACUAUAUCAUCAUGAUAUAGACACGUGUGUGUACUGUAACUUGUUCAUGUGCUUUGGAACUCAUUAGACAUUAUAUGGAUGAUUAAAAAAUAUCCGUUUAAAUGGACUAAACAAGCAGCUUAAGUGCCAUUUGUACAUGAACACACAGAUAUAGUUAUUCGUACGUUAAAAAUGAAGCUGAAUUCUUCAUGACAGAAAAUGUUAUGGCACAGAAAAGAAUAAAAUACGCACAAUUUUUUGACAUAAUAAUGGUUCAUGCAUGCAAUUAAACCUUGACAAGAA